UAUCAUCAUAUCGUCUCAAUUUGGGACUAUGGAGUAAAACUUUUCCCCAAAUGUUGACAAAUAGGCAGGGGAUGAGUAAAUGAGUAAUUUAGGAAUCGGAAGAAGGGAUAUGACUGCGCUUUUCCUUGUUGUCCGAAAUCUGCGUUAUAUUCACCCUUGGCAGAUGGCUCUGCAGAUUGAAGAUGAAUACACCUGGAGGUAAUUAUUGGAAAGGGAAUGCCAACGGAGCAAAUGGCCAUGACAUCUUUUAUGACUUGCUCAGUAUUGUGGAUUUUCCGAUGGAGAGUUUGGAAGGGGAAGGCUCUAAUGAAGGUGGGGAUACUGUCCCUUCUGAGGAUGCAUAUAUUGACAUGUAUCCAUUCCCCCAAGCAUAUUUCCAGAAUGGCUCAUUGGAAGGGGUGUUCAAGAACGCUUAUGUAAGUUCCUCCAACUUUUAGUAAUUCGACGACAAAUCAUUGGGGUUUAAGGAAAUUAUACUUGGUAGUAUAAGGAAAUAAAGUACUGUGAUCCUAAAAUCUACUAAGGCAGUGAAGGUCAGAUGCUACUUUUGGAGAGUGUCAUGUUUCAACGUGACAUGUAAAAUGUCGGCUGUCUGGAGGCAUGUUCAUUACCAAGUGGUUCUUCCCUAGCACUUAGGGUUUUAUUCUUUUCUCCUUCACCGAGGCCUUCAGUUUGAAGUAAUUUGGACCUGGUUUGAUUUUCGGUUUUUCUACUUUUGUUCUUCCGUGCCGGGAGCUUCUUGGCUUUUGAUUGGAUUUUUUUCUUACGACAAAAUGGUUGGAACAUGCCCUCUGGAGGAUCUUUACACUCAUCUUGCUAUCGGUGAUGAGGAAGAAGAUGCUCAAAUUUUUGAGGAUAUUCUUGUGUUGGGGCUUUCUUCGUUCUUGAAGGAGGAGAGUACCCCCCAAGAAAAUCAGGUGUUGAAUCUUGUUGAAGACCCUUCUGGUGGUGCACCCGCCCCUCUCACGGAGACCUCAUCAGAAGAAACGAUACUCAUAAACUCCGACUCUAGCAUCCUCUUUCCUGACUUUCUUGUCCCUGUUCGUAAGCGGUCAAAGCGCACCAGAUCCCCAAACGUUAAUCGAUGGAGUUUGAUUGCUCCCAUAUUCUGUACUUCAGCUCCAUCCAGAAAUACUUCGGUACUUUCUGGCAUCCAAAUGGACCCACCGAGUCCCAAAAAGAUGAAAAAGAGAGUGCUGUCAUGGAAAUCGAUUCCCGUGAAGCAUGGUAGAGGGCCAGGAGUGAAUGGUUCUGUUAGAGAAUGUACACACUGUCACGUAAAAAAGACGCCGCAGUGGAGAGAGGGGCCAUUAGGGCCCAAUACUCUAUGCAAUGCAUGUGGAGUCCGAUACCGUACCGGGCGGCUGUUUCCGGAGUAUCGACCAGCUGCUAGUCCAACCUUUAUACCUUCUGUGCACUCAAACUUGCACAGGGAAGUCCUUCGAAAGAGAGGACAACUUUGAUUGAAGAUGAGGAAAUUCGGCAUGGUUAAGUGUUGUAUUUGGGGGCAUUGUGAGUUAGAGUUAGAAAGGAUGUUGAUUAGUGACCCAAAUUUGAUUUUCAUUUGGCUUAAUUUAUUUAUUUAUUUUGUUUGUUGUGGUAGGAAGUAAAGAAAGACUAGAUUUUAAUUUACUCCCACCUUACAGGUGAAGUAUACAAAAUAAAAUAAUGCUAAAAUGUGGUCACUGUUUUUGUUUUGUUGUAUUAUCAUUAUUGUUAUUAUAUACGGAG